AUGCUGGCCCUGCGGCUGCUCAACGUGGUGGCCCCCGCCUACUUUCUGUGCAUCUCCCUGGUGACCUUCGUGCUGCAGCUGUUCCUUUUCCUGCCCAGCAUGUGCGAGGACCCCGCGGCUGCCCCUCUCUUCUCGCCGGCCGUGCUCCACGGGGCGCUCUUCCUAUUCCUUUCGGCCAACGCCCUGGGCAACUACGUCCUGGUCAUCCAGAACUCCCCGGACGACCUGAGCGCCUGCCAGGGAACCUCGGCCAGCAGGGCUCCGUGGCCCCCGCCCAGCACCCACUUCUGCCGAGUGUGCUCCAGAGUCACCCUGAGACAUGACCACCACUGUUUCUUCACCGGCAACUGCAUCGGCAGCAGGAACAUGCGCAACUUCGUCCUGUUCUGCCUCUACACCUCCCUUGCCUGCCUCUACUCCAUGGUGGCCGGCGUGGCCUACAUCUCCGCGGUCCUUUCCAUCUCCUUCGCCCACCCCCUGGCCUUCCUCACGCUCCUGCCCACCUCCAUCAGCCAGUUCUUCUCCGGAGCUGUCCUCGGUUCUGAAAUGUUCGUCAUCCUCAUGCUGUACCUCUGGUUUGCCAUCGGCCUGGCCUGUGCUGGCUUCUGCUGCCACCAGCUGCUGUUGAUCCUUCGGGGGCAGACCCGCCACCAGGUGCGAAAGGGGGUGGCAGUGAGGGCCCGGCCCUGGCGCAAGAAUUUACAGGAGGUCUUCGGAAAGAGGUGGCUGCUAGGCCUGCUGGUCCCUAUGUUCAAUGUCGGAAGUGAGAGCUCCAAGCAGCGGGACAAGUAG